AUGUCUUCACCAACAAUAUUACCAUUAGUUCAAACUGCUUUAGUUCGUUAUGCAACCAGUAUUGUAUUAACAUUCGGUUUUAUCGGUAAUAUCAGCGUUGUGUAUCUAUUUAGUAAACAUUACAAAAAUCCCUGUGCAUUUUAUUUGUUAUGUGCAGCGUUCAUAAAUAUUGUUUAUUUAUCAUUGAGUAUCUCUCACGGACUAUAUGUUCUUGACCAUAUUGAUCCCUCAUUAUCGUCACUUGCCUUUUGUAAAUCACGUUUCUAUUUUUUCCAUGUUUGGGGACAAAUGUCAAGAUAUUUCAUCAUAUUCGCAUGUAUUGAUCGGUUUGCUCUAACACAUAGGAAUGUAAAGUUAAGAAACUUCAGUCAUAUAAACAAGACAAGACUAUUAAUAAUCCUAGUAACAUUAUUUUGGCAUAUUUUCCCUAUUCACAUCUUGCUAAUGACCACAAUUCAAAAUGGUCGCUGCGGUUACUUUGAUCUUUAUUAUAUUUUAAACAGUGUGUAUUCAGUCAUAUUUGUCGGCUUGGUUCCUCCCGUAUUAAUGACUUUAUUUGGGUAUCUGGCUUUCAGAAAUGUUAGCAAAAUGCAUAGACGUAUUAAACCAGCUGAUGUAUCAACAGCGAAUAAUAGUACCACAAACGUUAUUCAACGUAAAGAUCGUAAUCUAUUGAAAAUGUUAUUAUCUGAGGUUUCAGUAUAUAUUCUAACUAUGAGUUUUUAUCCAAUAGUUGUGUUGGAAGUGUCAGUAACGAAUGCAAUGAAUAUUCAGAAAACUCUUGAAAGAAUUCAAAUUGAAAAUUUUAUGUCGUAUUUAUCAUUAUUUUUUAUCUAUCUAAAUACUUCGGCAUCUUUUUAUAUUUAUUAUCUUGCGUCGAAAUCGUUUCGAAAAGAUUGUAAAGAAUCCGUGUAUGGAACGACACCCGGUGGUUUUUCCUCUGCGCCAAAAGGGUGGAAUAGUUUUCCUAUGCAAAGUCUAGGCAUGAAAUUCAAUCAGGAGAACGUCAUCCAGCAAUGUGAUCAAUUAGUUAAUGAACUUGGUGAGUAUGGCUACGAUCUAUGUUCGUUAGAUUCUGGCUGGUCUGUGGGCGCUAACGGUGAUGAGUAUGGUCGUAUCAUAUAUGACAGUUCGAUCUUUGAUAUUCCUCAGCUGGCAGAUCAUCUACACAGGAAAGGUUUAAAGUUGGGCGUCUAUGUCGUACCGGGUUACUUUGCUAAUGACGCAAAUAAAUUUGUCUUCGGCACCAAUUAUACUCUUUCACAGAUUGGCAAUGGACAUAAUAAUGGAUUGGCUAGAAUCGAUCUCAACUACAGUCAUCCUGGAGCGCAAAUAUGGUGUAAUACUGUAGUUGAUCAGUUUGCACAAUGGGGUGUUGACAUGAUUAAGCUUGAUUAUGUUACUCCUGGCAGUCCUGACAAUGGUGUCAAUUUGGAUACACGGAAUCGACCAGCAGUACAACGAACCAUCGAUAACGAGCCAAUUAUACAACGACAGCAGCAAAAACAGCAACAACGACAGGAACAGCGACAACAACGACUACAAGAAACACUCGCACAACAGCAAAACACAUCACCUACUUCCCUUGAAUUAGAAGAAGAUCAAAACAUGUCGACUAGCACUGGAUUCGCAACACGAAUCUUAGAGAAGGGUAUGAAACCCUUGGAACAAUUUACUGGAGCUGAAGAUCAAGACAUAAGUGUUUGGAUACAGGAUUUUGAGGAAACAAUCGAAGCAGCUGGUGGUGAUUCAACAACUAAACGAAAGGCAAUAGUUUUAUAUUUAAGUGGUGAUGCCAAAAAGUGGUAUCGAUUAACAAAUGUCGAAGACGGUGAAUGGUCAACAUUCCGAGAAAAACUGGUAACAGCAUUCACGUCGGCAUCUCAGCAACUGAAAACAUUAACAAAACUCAUGAAUCGAAAACAAGGUGUUAAUGAAUUAGCUCAAAGUUAUUUCUAUGAUGUAUUAGCUUUAUGUUCAAAAUUGAACCCGCAGAUGAACGAAGCGGAAAAAUUAUUGCAUCUUUUGCGAGGAGUGAAACCAUCAUUAGCACAAAAUAUCAUCAUGUUUAGUCCUAAAACAAUACAAGAAUUUUUGGAAUUAGCUAAAAGAUCGGAAACAACCUACGCUGGUGCACCAUCAUUACCAACAGCAACAACUGAAGAAUCUGAAUUCACUGCUGUUAUCGACGAUGAAAAUAGUUCUGAACAAGUAGCAGCGAUCUCUCGUCGAAAAGGUCAACCACCACCAUCGAGAGAAUCUCAAUCUUCAAACAAUCAUUACCAACAUCGAAAUUUUCCACGUCGUUCAACUUUUCAUGAUCCAAUGUAUCCAAUCCAGUACCAAGCAACAUCACAAAAUAAUUAUGUUUCUCCACGAAACAACUACAAUGAACAACCAGAAGUAAUUCACUCGCGGUCAUAUCCUCAGUCCCAACAGAAUUGGGAUGAUCAUCGUCAAUAUUCAGGUUCAUCCCGAAACCGAUGCUACAACUGUGAUGGUUUUGGACAUAUUGCGCGUAUAUGUCCCAGUGCUCGACGCCAACAUCAGCGUUUAAACGAAUAA